CGGGUAUAUAAGCUCGUACGAUCACAACAGUCUAGCACACCGUCCUCACCAGUCGAUUUCUAGCAUUUGUUUCACAUCCUUCUGCAUCGCACCGUAGCUUAACAAUGUCUCUUUUCUUCCAUUAUUUGAUCUUACUUGGUUUGGGUGUUGCAAUGGGCAACAACUACAAGGCACCUUACCAUCAACCCAAAUACGAACCCAAAUAUGGGCCAGAGAUUCCCGCCUGUUCCAAGAACACCACCAAGAAUUGGUGCCUGGAAGAUUCCGAAUAUCCAGCCUAUGAAGUCGUUUACGAGCUGGACAAACAUUAUGAAGCUGUUGUGGCCUUGUACAAGAACGUCGUCGCCGAAACGGCCAACUCGGUCGAUACCCUCAGCAAAUUGGAACAGGAGACUUACCUUUGCCCCAGCAAAACUUCUUACGUCCAGCCGCUACGUGCAGUCAACACCAAAGGCAAAUGGCGUGUCAUCAUCAACAAAGUCGAAUCUUAUGGCAUCAAAUACGAUCAACAUGCCCGCAUUGAAGAAUGUGAAGAUGAUGCUGCUGGAAAGGCCUGCCCAUUGGUGCCCACCUGUUACGAGUCGAAAUGCCUGCAAAAGAGCAUUUACCACCGUUUCCUCGUCUACGAUCCUACCGAUUAUUAUUUCCCAUUCGCCAUUGAAACUUUCAAGUUGCCCGCAUCUUGCGCCUGUUUCGUUGGAGCUUUCAAACUGUAAAGACUUAUACCUCUCCCAAUCUCACGGAGGAGCGCAAUCCCAAGACUCACGGUGGAGCACAAAAGUUGGCGGUACCAUCAACAACAAAACGAAACAUGCAAAUGAAAGCAGUCUCUCAUCACCAUAAUACCGUGGCAUAUUUAAGAAUAAAGAUCCAAAGUAUUUACCUGAAA